AUGUCUACAGCCCCGGUCAUUUUUCACCUCCCCACGUGCAUCGACGCCCCUGACCUCCCACCCUUAGUGGCGAGAUACAAAGCCCUCCGCCUCCACGGUCUAACCACGGACCCCGACGCAUUCAGCUCAACCCUCGCGCGCGAGACAGCCUUCACAGACGAAGUAUGGGAGAGUCGCAUUCGGAACCCGCUUAAUACAUCAUUCAUCGCCAUACGCAAGGAACCAGGCAACUCCGAACAUGAGAAUGCUGCACGAAGUGAUAUCGCCGAAUUAAGUACGAGAGAGUGGGUUGGGCAAGUUACCCUUCUGGGGCCCGUGGUCGAUUCAACUCCGAGUGGCGAUGUUGCAGGAGGCAAGACGGACAAGCCGUGGGAGGCUUUUAAUGCGAUUGACUUUCAGCAAGCGGCGGAUGCUGUCCCGCGGAUUAGGCGUGGGUCGAGGGUUGUGUACGUUCUUGUUGGGAUGUAUGUGCGGCCUGAGGUGAGGGGGGCCGGGUAUGGGAGGAUGCUUGUGGAGAGGGCGAUGGAGGCUGUGAAGGAGAGCUGCGCUAGGGGCGCGUGGGAUGCGGUGGUUCUCGCGAUGGUUUCGCGGGGCAAUAAUGGGGCAAAGAGAUUGUAUGAGCGGGCUGGAUUUGUGGCGAGGGAUGAGCCGCUUGAUGUUGGUGGGCACGAGGAGUGGGUGCUGGAGUGCAGGUAUGAGGACCUUAGGCAGGUGGUUUAG